AUGUAUGCCGAGCGCUUCAACUUCCCUCACUUACCGCGAGAAGGCCAGCAAUCCGUCCUCCGUCACCUCGACUUCCUCUUCAAAGUACAUCUCCGAUACGUCAACAAGAUAUUCUUUAAAUGGCCCGCGUGUCCGUUUUAUCUACGAGGCCGGCUCACGCGCAUCACGCUUCGGAUCAGGUCAAUUAAGCUUUACAAGAUAUCCGACACCUCGAUCUACGUCAAGCGAAGGAUCAUUAAUGGAAAAUGGCUGGACCAGAUCUCGUUCGUCCUGACGCACGAUGAAGAGGAUGAGGUUCAUGGUGAUUUCGUGCUCCAGGCUACGCAUCGGUGUACGGAUCGCUUCGGAUGGACGGCAUGUCGAAAAGGCUGUAAAUCCGGAGGCGACUGCCGCUUUUGCGCUCGAGAUGAAUUAUGCCAUUGCUGUGGAAGUCUCGCCUCGCAUCGUUCUUAUCCACAAAUGAAAAUCGAGGACGUGGACAGUCAGAGACAACGACGGUUAUUGCAAAAAUUCAACGAUAUCCUGCCGUGUGCGCCGGUGCGGCUGAAGCCGUAUAUGAUGUAUGACCGAGUCCCAAUGAAGUGGCCUCUUACGCAGCAAGAUGUCCUGCCUUCGCUUCGACGCGACUACUUUUUUAUAAGCAAACAACUUGAUGAUUAUACCGAACGCGCCCACGGACGUCUAUUGGAACAAUUGGCGCCGAUUUAUGACUUUGGACCCUCUAAGGUAUGGUAUCGAAUGGAUUUGUUAUACGACGAUAGCUCAUCAGCAGUCCACAGGCAUUUGAUGGAGGUUCUAAAGGAGAUGGUGGGCUGUGAGUACUUUGCGAUUGGCCAGGUGGGAGACGACCCAAAGAGAUGGCCCGAUGCCCUGAAGACGGUUCGGAACCUCAUCACCGAAUGUAUAUUCUCGCAUCCACCAAAUGACGAGCGCCGUCGCAUCUCGUUAUUCUACGUCGAAAUGGAGUCGAAAUCUGUGCUUGACCACCGACCUAAGCAGCAACUACAAAAAAUGCUGCUCGAGUUGUGCGAGGAAUUGAAGGCAAGGCCCGCCGAAUCGCGGGAUUGCCAAAUUUUUUGUAUUGAGGGUCGACAAAUCGACCUAGUCUGGCCAAAUAAAAUCAUACUUGGAGUCUACGUGUUUCUGGUCCAGAAUUGGGGAUCGAAUGCUGGGCACGCGGUGGCCGCAUACCGACAACUUAUCACAAAUUUCCAUAAAGGAGACUACUGGGACCCGAUGAGUGAUCCGCAAGGUGUGCCGAGGAUUAAAUGGAAUGGAUCGCAUUAUUGCGAA